AUGGCCUCGGGCAAGGCGGAGGGCGAGCGGCGCUGGGAGCUGGUGCGCUGGUACGUGCGAGAGGGACGGUUCCGGAUCGAGGAGAGGACACUGACAGCUUUCCAGUGGCUCUACUCCCCCCACCAGCACCGCAUCGUCAGCCGGGCAGACCUGAGCUCGCCCAGCAGGAUCGACAAGACGAUGCUGGCCAGCCUGAAGAUCAAGAAGCAGGAGCUGCUGAACAGCACGGAUGUGUCUGUCCCAGAGCGGCCGCUGUCCCCCCCCCUCACCGCCCCCCCGACCAUGAAGUCUGCAGAAUUCUUUGAAAUGCUGGAAAAAAUGCAGGCGCCAAAACUUGAAGAACAGAGAACUGGAAGCCAAAAACAUAAGGAAGACUACAUCCCGUACCCCAGCAUCGAUGAGAUCCUGGAGAAGGGCAGCCCGUACCCACUGGUCAUCCUGCCCCAGUUUGGGGGGUACUGGAUUGAAGAUCCGGAAAACCUCGGCACACCCACCUCAUCUGACAGCAGCAUCUGCGAGGAGGAGGAGGAGAACCUCAGCCCCAGCACCUAUGGCUACAAGCUGGAGUGCAAAGGAGAGGCCAGAGCCUACAGGAAGCAUUUCCUGGGGAAGGAUCAUUUAAAUUUUUAUUGUACAGCCAGCAGCCUAGGAAAUCUGAUCCUAUCUAUUAAAUGUGAGGAGGCAGAUGGCACUGAAUAUUUAAGGAUUAUACUCAGGUCCAAAGUGAAGACGUUGCAUGAAAGGAUUCCCCUUGCAGGAUUUAGCAAGCUCCCCAGUAUCCCCCAGAUUGCAAAGGCCUUCUGUGAUGAUGCUUCUGGGCUGAAGUUUAACCCAGUUCUGUACCCCAAGGCGUCCCAGAUGAUAGUGUCUUAUGAUGAGCAUGAGGUCAACAACACGUUCAAGUUCGGUGUGAUCUAUCAGAAGUUCAGGCAGACCCAAGAGGAGGAGUUGUUCGGCAAUAAUGAAGAGAGCGCUGCCUUCAAGAACUUCUUAAGUUUUCUUGGAGACACCAUAACGCUCCAGGACUUCAAAGGGUUUCGAGGAGGUCUGGAUGUCAGCCACGGGCAGACGGGAGCAGAGUCUGUGUACACGGUGUUCAGGGACAGGGAGAUAAUGUUUCAUGUCUCUACAAAGCUGCCUUUUACCGAAGGAGACACACAACAACUCCAGAGGAAGAGGCACAUUGGCAAUGACAUCGUGGCAAUUAUCUUCCAAGAAGAGAACACGCCGUUUGUCCCAGACAUGAUCGCCUCCAACUUCUUGCAUGCCUACAUUGUCGUGCAGGUGGAAAACCCCGAGGCAGAUAACGCCACGUACAAGGUGUCGGUCACGGCCCGGGAAGACGUCCCCUCCUUCGGGCCGCCCCUGCCGAGCCCGCCGGUGUUCCGGAAGGGCCCUGAGUUCCGGGAGUUCCUCCUCACCAAGCUUAUCAACGCCGAGAACGCCUGCUGCAAGUCUGACAAGUUUGCCAAGCUGGAGGACCGGACGCGGGCGGCCUUGUUGGACAACCUCCACGAUGAGCUCCAUGGGCACACGCAGACCAUGCUGGGGCUGGGGCCUGAGGAGGACAAGCUGGAGAAUGGGGGUCAUGGAGGCUUUCUGGAGUCUUUCAAGAGAGCCAUCCGGGUGCGCAGCCACUCCAUGGAGACGAUGGUCAGCAGCCAGAAGAAGCACCACAGCAGCGGCAUCCCGGGCAGCCUGAGCGGGGGCAUCGCGCACAACAGCAGUGAGGUGACCAAGACCACCUUCUCGCCCCCUGUUCCAGCAGCUGCCGCCAAGAACCAGUCCAGGAGCCCCAUCAAGCGCCGCUCGGGGCUGUUCCCUCGCCUGCACACGGGCUCCGAGAGCCAAGCAGAGAGCAGGACAAGGUGCGACAGUAUUUCUGGAGCCCAGAAGACACCAGAUUUGGGACAUUCUUCUCAAGAGAUGAAAUCUGAAACCUCGUCCAACCCCAGCUCCCCUGAAAUCUGCCCCAACAAAGACAGGCCGUUCAUUAAGCUGAAAGAGAACGGGAGGUCCAACAUCUCCCGUUCCUCCUCGAGCACCAGCAGCUUCAGCAGCACAGCGGGGGAGAGCGAGACCUUGGAGGAGUAUGACAGUGUGGGAAGCCAGCCAUCGACAGCAUCACCGUUCAAGCAGGAUGUGUUUGUGUACAGUGCCUCGCCCAGCAGCGAGAGCCCGAGCGUGGGGGCCACGGCCACCCCCGUCAUCAUGAGCAGGAGCCCCACAGAUAUAAAGAACAGAAACUCUCCAAGGUCGAACCUGAAGUUCCGUUUUGACAAGCUCAGCCACAGCAGCUCCAGCUCGAGCCACUAGCAGGAAGAAGAUGUCAUGGACUAGUGAAAGAGAAUUUUUGUUUCAACAAAGGGAAAGCUCUUCAACAUCCCAUGGGAACACGCACACCCUGGCUGGGGGCAGCGAGGCACCCUCAGCUCUCACUUUUCCACCGCCUCAGCCCCGACGGGACCCAACCGCCUUCCCAUGGGGUGACCCCUCUCCAGCAAACGCCCCGUGCCUGCCCUGCGCCGUGGGGACACGUGUCUGGCCGUGGGACAUGCUUGCGUGGGGCAGUCCCUGCUGCAGCCCCUGCCACGGAGCUGUGCUGCCCGUGGGCACCCGCCUCUGCCCCGGCGAGUGGCUGCUGGAUGCACACGUCCAUCCCUCUCCGCCUCACCCUCCAGCUCCUCCUGGGCAGAGGGGAGGCAGGAUGGAGCCUUGUGCAGUUUGGUUCCCUCCAGGCUUUAUUUGCAGUUGUGGGUGGGGAGAUGGGGGGUUUUGUUUGUUUUUCAGAAGGUGGCCAGGGUAAAAUUACGUGUUCCCUUGGCCCCGGGGCAGUUCCCUCACCCCAGCAUUUGCUGUUGCUCUUCUCUGUGUGGAGACAAUGGAGCAAAGUUUCUCCCCUGUGGCUCUUCCCAGUGUGAUGGGGGCUUCAGCAGCUCAGCAGCCACCCUCCCACUGCCCCUCAACUCCAGCUCACCACCUACAUCCCAAAACCUUUAGGGCAUAUGCAGCCUUUUACCCCAUACUUACUCAGUUUCUGGCACAAGAGGAAGGUGUGUGAACCGGUACUGGGGAGCAGAACUGGUAACCAAGGCCAAUACAUCCUCUUCUGCUUUUUCCUUGCCUGAAACUCUGAGCACAGAUCUGGAAAAGUUGAGCCAAAGCUAAAGCAGAAGUGUAUCCAGUAUCCAGCAGCACUGGUGCUCAGUGCAUUCACUCAGGCAAGCAAAUGCGUAAAACUGCAGUGAUUCAGGUGGCACUGGGCUGCUCCAGCCCUGCAGAAUCUUUCCUGCUGCUUUUGAAAGUGCUGUGGUUUAUUUGGAAGACGAGGGUUAUGGAUUCUGCAAGGUGACUUCCCUGUAAUGCCCUUUUCCAAAAAUACCUCUCUCAACAUGCCAAGAAAUCCUUUUGCUCUUUUAUGGAACUUGGUCCAAAGUUUCCUAGUCUGUCCCUGAAUUUCACAUUGCUCAUGGAUUUCCCUUGCCAGUUUUCUGACAGAUUGCAAUGCUGCAGAGAUGCUCCCUCCCCUCACUGCAGCCCGUGACCUUUCCAACCCCCCACCUCUGUGAAGUAACGUUCUCAGUCUCAAGUGAAAGUGGUUCUUUGAGUUUGUGAUUCCUGAUAAGAGCAAGACUUUGAGUGCCAAAGUUCACCUUGUGCAGCCGGGGCUCCAAGGGGCACAGAGGUGUCUGACAGCUGUCAGGAGGGAAGUCGCACAGCCCAGCAGCCACUGUGGGGGAUGAACCUCUCAGUGGGGAGGCAAGUGCUUGUUCAAGCAAACCAUUGUCCAUCACCCUCUGCCCAUCACCUGCCCCGGCCCCAAGCAAAGCCAGCCCCAGCAGCCCUGCGUGGCACUGCCGGCACGGUGCUCAGCUCAUGCUGGUGCUGCCGCUCCUGCCUGCCAUCCACCCGCUGGAAAGGGCCAUAGCCCCAGUGGGGUUGGAAAACACAUCCUAGAAAAACGUGGAGAACCGUUUCACAGACACCAAGUGCACCAGUAAAUACCAAUAACCACCAGUGUGGACACUCCCUCCUGGUUUCAGUGAGUUGCACUUAACUAGUUUAAAUCUGGAGAUUUUCUCUGCAGGUCUGUUGCCAGCUCCUGAUGUCUCAGGUUCCACAUACUUUGCUGUUCAGCACUUCUGUCUGACAAUGUUUCUGUAGUACUUUCAAACCCACCCCCAGUUCUUCCCCUUAGAAGCUUCUGGCCUGUUUUUCUUACGCUGCACAGGGAGAUGCUGACUGGUGCGAGGACUUGAGUUGAGGGCCUGUGUGUGGUUUGUGUCCCCUGAGAAUCCAGGUGAUUCUGUGGACGUUGUUGUUUGUGUGGGUGUUGAUCUCUGUGAGAUCUUUCAGCAGAAGGUGCAGUGGCCACUGUCAGCUGUUUUGCUUUUGCUUGAAACUGUGACAUCUGUUUUUGCCCCAGAUUGAUUUGCAGAGUUAUUCCAAUGGAAUUAACAGGCAGGAGAGUGUGAAGCUUCAGGGAGAGCAGCAGUGUGUUGGACUCGUCUUUCUCUGUGACAGGUUGCCAGGAUGGCUGCAGGGCUGGGACCUGAGGCACAGGGUUUGCUAGUGGCUCCCAUGUGCCCUGUGGCAUCUGACAGCACUGGCCCAUGGCUGCUGCUAUAACAUACCAUGACAGCCUUAACAGCAACUGGACUCUUAAAGCUCCUGCCCUGGCCAGGUUCCCACCUGGUUUCUGCCUCCCUGUGCUGCUCUACAGCUGUGUGUGUGUGGUGCGCUCCCCUCAGCCCCAAACUGUCCCAAAUCGUCCUGUAGCUGUGCCAGGGACUGACCAGAACCUGCUGAACCUUGGAGGCAUUUGCACUUCCAGCAGCAGGUGAAGAUGUUCCGGUAUUUAUAUUGCAAAAUGUUUUGUGCUUAUUAGUGACAGACACCUACGGAUAGAUACGCUCACAUGAAAGUGAUUUAUAUAGGCACACGUAUGUAAAAGUGAUUUCUAUAUAUAUAUGUGUAUAUAGAUACAUAUAUAUAUAUAAAUAUAUUAACUGACACUAAAUGACUGGGCAGUGCAUUUUCCUUUCUGAUCCCCACUGUUGCCAUGCACAAUAACUUCUACCAGACUGGGGAGCAGCUUUGCACAGAAGGGGCUCACAGAUGUGGCUGGGGAGGAUCAGGGCACAUCCUCUGAAGUCCCACAAAGUCAAGCACAGGAUUACCCUGAAGCACAAUGUGAAAGUGCUUUUUUUUGCUGAGCGAAAGGGGGGAAUCCCAAGCACAAACUCAGUUUCUCCCCAGAGUGUUGAGGCUCCUUAGGAAUGGGAGGUGACGGGGCCAGGGUACCUCCCUGCAUCCACGGGCUUGCUAAGUGGGGCUGAAGUUUCUCUGCUGUCUUGGGUGCUGAGCACUGCCACGAACCACACCGCACACUUACGUUGCUUCGCUGAUGUUCCAGCUUCUGUCCCACUAGAGCUGGCAGAGUCUGCCAUUCCCCAGUCCCAGAGCAUGCUUUCAUUAUGUUUUAAUGAAUGUAGCACUGCGUAUAUCCUGCAAAGGGAAAUGCUGAAUUUAUAUCUUUAGAAUGUGAAGAGAGUUUAUAGAGUGAAAAUAAAUCUUGAGGAAAUGUAUCUGACAAAGUUUAUUUUUUAUGUAGAGAGGCGGUGCUUUGUAGUUCCUGGUGGCCUAUGUCUGUUGUAAAUAAUGUACAUUUAAUUUAUUGCUAUGGUAGCAGAUUGUAUUUGUUAUGUAUAAAACUAAAGGUUCACAAAUGUAUAUUUUGUUGCUUAAAUGUGUCUUUGCAGAAUUCACAAUAAAUAACAUAUUUUGUGUCCA